AUGAGUCCAAGUUCAUCAAAUGGAAGCUUCAACAACAAAACAAGGAGAAAAAAGGGUUACACAUACACCAGAUUAUCCACUGGAAAAGCAAUUAGGUUUGGGGGAAACAGAGAAAAGCGUUCAUGGCGGAUUAAAAUACACCGAAGACUUCGAUUGAAGCUCAGCUCGCCAUUGAAAUUGUGGUGUAAGUUGAAGAAUGCAUAUAUGAACAUGAUGCUUAAGCUGGCAAGAAAUACAGGCUCUGGUAUUAAUCUUUUUGGUUCCAAAAGAAUCCCUAAAGCUCGACAGAUUCCAAAUAAUUAUUCAAGAACUGAAUUUGAGAACAGAUUGGUGUAUGAGAUUUACAAAAAUAUGGUGCCUUCUUAUGAGUUGAGUUCAAACAGAUAA